AUGUCAUUGUCUGCCAGUGCACUUUUCCCUUAUUGCUGCCCUAAAAUUACAGAUGAACAAUUCAACGUGUUUCACUCGAUGGAGAGACAAUUAUACUCGCACCUAAUCUUUGAUCUUGGCCGAGACCCUGAACAAUCCAUGCAAGUCAUAGGGUUCUGGAUGUGGCUAGAAUUAGUAAUUUGCACCAAGAAGGAUUUGGUGAUUCAGUUGUUGAAGCUGCCUAUUAAGGAACUUAAAGAAGUUGCGAAUGAAAGUGUCGUGUGCCUGAGAUGCAUGGGGAGUGAAAUCUUACCAUUUGCAGAUGGUAAUUUUGAGCUUGUUUUGCUUCCAAAAUUGGUACUCCAAAACAUUAGGCUUGAACUCUUGCAUGAAUAUCGAUUAACUGUGAUUAAUGAGGUGAGAAGAAGGGUCAGAGAUGUCUGUCUUAGGGCUUUCAAAAACAUUCUUGAAAAAGUUGUUGAUGAUAAGUUUUGUGGUGGAUCUGGUAGCAUUUCAACAACAGCUAGUCCCGGAGAGUUAAUGGAACUUUGA